AUGAGCAGUGACGAGGAAGAGGAGAAGUCUAAGUCCAAGGUUAAACCCAAGAAGAAGGAGGCCAAAGACAAGGCGAAAGGAAAAAGAAAACGCUCUUCGUCAGACUUCGGAGAUGAUACCGAGGUGGAGAUCAUCGAAAGGGUGACACCGGAGGUGGACGGAUUUAUCAUUGACAAGGUGCUGGCUCGUGAAGCUCACACGCAGAAGGAGUGGAAGAAAAUCUGCUGGAACAAGAACACGCGCUUCUUGACUCACUGCUCCAUUUUCCUGCCACCUGAGGAGGAGGGAAAGGAGAAGCAGGAGGAGAAAAAGGAGACACAAAAGCAGAAGGAAGGCGAAAACUCUGCAAGUGUAGCACCGUCGGAGCCAAAGGUGAGUGUCGAGGACGACGAAGCUGAAGAUGCUGGCGAGGAGCGCUUCUUGGUAAAGUGGAAGACGCUGUCGUAUCUCCACACCAGCUGGCAAACAGAGGAAGAGUUACUGGAGACAGACAAGAACGCGAAGGGGAAGAUCCAACGCUUUCGUGAGAAGGAGCUUCGUGCGUUCUACUCUCAGGCCGUGCAAGGAGACGAGUACUUCAACCCGGAGUUUCGAAGCGUCGAUCGCAUUCUGGAGAUCAGAGACAGGCCGCUUGAUGACUUUGCUCCAGACGAUACUGUGGACGGUGAGAGCAAUUUCCAGUACUUCCUGGUCAAGUGGAAAGCUCUUCCUUAUGAUGAGAUUUCUUGGGAGCGGGAAGAUGACGUCGGCGAUGACGCAGCGGUGGAGCAGUACAACGAUCGUAUCGUCAGAGCUGCGAAGCGCUUUAAGAAGAUUGCUCUGGCAAAACACUUGCCGCCGAGUAAGCGCAAGAACUUUCGCGGCUACACAGCAGAGUCCCGGCCGCCGUGCAGAAAAGAGCAAACUUUUCAGCUGCGUGAUUAUCAGCUCACUGGUGUGAACUGGAUGCUGUUUAACUGGUACCAGAAACGAAACUCGAUGCUCGCAGAUGAAAUGGGACUUGGUAAGACUGUGCAAACAGUGAUGUACAUUAACCAUCUCGCAGUGGUAGAGCGUACACCGCAGCCGUUCAUUAUCGUGGCGCCACUUUCAACGUUGGGCCAUUGGCAGCGCGAGUUCGACAGCUGGACCAAUCUCAAUGCCGUCGUUUAUCAUGGAUCCGCGGCAGCGCGAGAAGUGCUGCAGAAUUACGAGUUUUUCAUGUCAGAGGACGAGCUGCUGCGUGUCGAUGAGCUCACUCGGAAGGACAACAAUGGGAAGAGAGCUGCCCCGCAACCGAAGCGCAACUGUUACCGCUUCGACGUGCUGAUUACCACGUACGAGAUGGCCUCGGCGACGGAUUUGUACAAGUUAGCUCAGAUCAACUGGCAGCUGAUGGUUGUGGACGAGGCGCAUCGUCUCAAGAACAGGAAUUCCAAGCUGUCGAACAUCCUGCACACUAGAUUUACGUAUGAGAACAUGCUGCUGCUGACUGGUACGCCGCUGCAGAACAACGUGGAGGAACUUUGGGUGCUCCUGAACUUUCUGGAUACCAAGAAGUUCGCUUCGAAGGAGAGCUUUCUUGAGAGCUUUGGGGAGCUGACAGACUCGGCACAGGUUGAGCGCUUGCAUUCGGAACUGAAGCCGUACUUGCUGCGUCGGAUGAAGGAGGAUGUGGAGAAGUCGCUGGCUCCGAAGGAAGAAACUAUCAUCGAAGUGGAGCUCACGGUGCUCCAGAAGCAAUACUACCGCGCGAUCUACGAGAAGAAUACGGAGUUUCUGUCGAGAGGCGGCAGAAAGGGCGACACCCCCAGUUUGAUGAACGUUCUGAUGGAGCUCCGGAAGUGCUGCAACCAUCCUUUCCUCGUAAAAGGUGUGGAGGAGCGCGAGGUCAAGCGAUUGGCCAAGCAAGCGAAUGUGUCGAAAGAAGAGAUCCAACGUCAGAUCAGUGAGAGUCUUGUGGACACGUCAGGCAAGCUGGUUCUGCUGGACAAACUCCUGCCGCGUCUUAAGGAGACUGGCCAUCGCGUGCUGAUCUUCUCGCAGUUUAAGAUCAUGCUGGACAUCAUUCAGGACUAUCUGGCGUUGCGUCGCUACAACUGCGAGCGUAUUGACGGCAACAUUACGGGCAACGAGAGACAGUCAGCGAUCGACCGAUUCUGUCGGGAGGACAGUAACUCGUUCAUCAUGCUACUGAGCACGCGUGCUGGUGGUGUGGGUAUUAACCUAACUGCGGCGGAUACUGUGAUUAUUUACGACAGUGACUGGAACCCUCAGAACGAUCUUCAGGCUCAAGCGCGUUGUCAUCGUAUUGGGCAGAAGAAAAGUGUCAAGAUUUAUCGUUUGCUCACUGCUAAAACGUACGAGCUGCACAUGUUCCACAAGGCAUCGCUGAAGCUUGGACUGGACCAAGCUGUGCUGGGAGGAAUCAAGAGUGACGAUUCUGUCGCGAAGCUAAAGGGGGCGGCGAAGACGCCGAAGACCAACGAUCGGAUGUCGAAGGAGGAGAUUGAGAACUUGCUCAAGCAUGGCGCCUACGAAAUGUUCAAGGAGCAAGACAGCGAAGCUGAGGCAGCGAGUAAGAAGUUCGGGGAGGAAAGUAUCGAUCAGAUUCUCAGUCGCAGUACUACAAUCGUGCACGAUCCGACGCGAGAUGUCGAUGGGAAGGAGAAGAAGAACGCCAUGUCUUCGUUCUCUAAGGCGACGUUCGUGAGCUCGACUAACCCUGACGAGGAAGUGGAUGUUGACGACCCAAACUUUUGGACGAAAGUCAUUGGUCUGAAUGGAGUUGAAGAGCAGAAAAAAGUGGAGCCUUCCCCCCUACAAAAGAGACGCUGCCGUCGUAAAGUCAAGUCGUAUCUGAUUGAUGACGACAAGGCCUUCAUGAUGGAUAGCGGAGAUGAAGCUGCCUCGACGAAAAAGAAAUUAUUCCGGGAGCUUGGUGUCCAAAAGGACGAAGAGUUUGUCAUGUCGGAGGACGAUGAUGACGACGACGACUCGAGUGACGUAGCUUUCGCAAAUGACGAUUUGAGUUGA